AUGUCUAUAUUUUUACGGAUUAAACGUCCAAAUACUGAUUGUCCUAGUCAAAUCUGUGAAGCACAAAAUCUUAUAAAACGUCCUAAAGCUGACUUACAAUCAAUUCAAUUUAAAUAUAUCGGUAGUCAAACUUCAAAUUGCUCAUUAAUUGGCAAGAUCGACAAAGUAUACACUUCCUCCGAAAAGUUAUGUAAGAUUAUAUGUAACACUUCAGAUGCUACUGUUGUCGGAGAAAAUCAAACAGUCAAGUGUCAGAUCAAAGUGAAUAAUCUAAAGCGUCCUGCUAUUACUGCUGAAAUUUUCAAUGAUUUCAAUAAUCUUAAUAUUGAUUCAUCCAAAGUAUCUAUUGGUUCAAAUCCUCCGAAAAUUUUCAAAAUUAUUGAAUUAACCCCUGAAUCAACUAAUGAAUCAAAUGUAUUACCAAAAUUAACUGAAACGAAUCAUUCAAAUAAUGAUAUACAUCAAACGAAUUUCAUUUAUGAUAUAUACAAAAUGAUAUCACCAUCCUCAUCAUCCUCCUCAUUAUCGGAUCCAAAAUGUUUAUCAUUAGAACAAACAAUAUGGUGUACAAAUGAUCAAUUGAUUAGAAAUGCUGAUAAUUAUAUACAUGAUGAAUAUAGUUGGGGAUUCAAUGAAGAUUCUUAUGAUUAUACUAAUGUUGAUGAUGAUGAAGAUGAUUCAAAUAGUGAAUCAAAUUGGCGUAAUGAUUAUCCUGAUGAACAAGACAGUAGUAGUAGUAGUUCAUCUAGUCAUUCAAAUUCACUAUAUUCUUCAUCGAAUAGUAGUUGCAAUAAUGAAGAUUCAGAUUAUUAUUAUUAA